AUGUUUACAGAAGAAGAAAUUGCUUUACAUAAUAAAGAAGAUGAUUGUUGGGUUAUAGUUAAUGGAAAUGUUAUCGACGCAACCUCAUUCUUGUCUGAGCAUCCAGGUGGGAAAAGAGCUAUAUUAUUAUAUGCUGGCAAAGAUGCUUCUAAAGAGUUCAAUGCGAUACAUAUGCCAGAUGUAGUUCAUAAAUAUGCCCCUAAUACCGUUAUAGGCUCCCUUUUAAAGACAUCCAAAUAA